ACUCCCAGCAUGCAGCGCGGCGCGCUCCUGCUCCUGCCGCCGCUGCCGCUGCCGGGCGGAGAAGAUGGCGGAGGGAGGCGCGGCGGAUCUGGAGACCCAGCGCACGGACGUCGCGGCGCUGCUCAAAACCGCCCUCCGCAAGGGCGACACCUGGUAUCUAGUGGAUAGUCGCUGGUUCAAACAGUGGAAAAAAUAUGUUGGCUUUGACAGCUGGGACAAAUACCAGAUGGGAGAUCAGAAUGUGUACCCUGGUCCUAUUGAUAACUCUGGACUUCUCAAAGAUGGUGAUUCUCAGUCUCUCAAGGAACAUCUCAUUGAUGAGCUGGACUACAUCCUUUUGCCAACUGAAGGCUGGAAUAGGCUAGUGAGCUGGUACACACUGAUGGAAGGUCAAGAGCCAAUUGCACGCAAGGUUGUUGAACAGGGUAUGUUUGUAAAGCACUGCAAAGUAGAAGUAUAUCUAACAGAAUUAAAACUGUGUGAAAAUGGAAAUAUGAACAACGUUGUCACACGAAGAUUUAGUAAAGCUGAUACAAUAGACACAAUUGAAAAGGAGAUAAGAAAAAUCUUCAAUAUUCCGGGUGAAAAAGAGACGAGAUUGUGGAACAAAUACAUGAGUAAUACUUUUGAACCUUUGAAUAAACCAGACAGUACCAUACAGGAUGCUGGUUUAUACCAGGGACAGGUCCUGGUGAUAGAACAGAAGAAUGAGGAUGGAACAUGGCCAAGAGGUCCUUCAACUCCUAAGUCCCCAGGUGCAUCCAAUUUUUCAACUUUACCAAAGAUCUCUCCAUCUCUAUCAAAUAAUUAUAACAACAUGAACAACAGAAAUGUGAAAAAUUCAAACUAUUGUCUCCCAUCAUAUACUGCUUAUAAGAAUUAUGAUUAUUCAGAGCCAGGAAGACACAAUGAGCAGCCAGGCCUGUGUGGCCUGAGCAACUUGGGGAAUACAUGUUUCAUGAAUUCAGCAAUUCAGUGUCUGAGCAACACACCUCCUCUUACAGAGUACUUCCUCAAUGAUAAAUACCAGGAAGAGCUGAAUUUUGACAAUCCUUUAGGAAUGCGAGGUGAAAUAGCAAAAUCUUACGCCGAGCUUAUCAAGCAAAUGUGGUCAGGAAAAUACAGCUAUGUUACCCCAAGGGCAUUUAAGACACAAGUGGGACGAUUUGCACCACAAUUUUCUGGUUAUCAGCAACAAGAUUGUCAAGAGCUGCUGGCUUUUCUCUUGGAUGGUUUACAUGAGGAUUUGAAUAGAAUUAGGAAAAAGCCUUAUAUUCAGUUAAAGGAUGCGGAUGGGAGACCAGACAAGGUGGUUGCUGAAGAAGCUUGGGAAAACCAUUUAAAGAGAAAUGAUUCCAUCAUUGUAGAUAUAUUUCAUGGCCUUUUUAAAUCUACCCUAGUUUGUCCUGAAUGUGCUAAGAUAUCUGUAACCUUUGAUCCUUUUUGUUACUUGACACUUCCAUUACCCAUGAAAAAAGAACGCACUUUGGAAGUUUAUUUAGUCAGAAUGGAUCCACUUGCAAAGCCUAUGCAGUACAAAGUAGUUGUUCCCAAAAUUGGAAAUAUAUUGGAUCUUUGCACAGCAUUGUCAGCUUUGUCUGGUGUUGCUGCAGAUAAGAUGAUUGUUACUGAUAUAUACAAUCACAGGUUCCACAGGAUAUUUGGCAUGGAUGAAAAUCUAAGUAGUAUUAUGGAACGUGAUGACAUUUAUGUAUUUGAAAUUGCUAUCAAUAGAACAGAAGAUACAGAACAAGUCAUAAUUCCUGUUUGUUUAAGGGAAAAGUGCAGGCACACUAGCUACAGCCAUAGUGGUUCUUUACUAUUUGGUCAACCUUUUCUCAUAGCAGUGCCUAGAAACAAUACUGAAGAUAAACUGUAUAAUCUGCUGCUGCUAAGAAUGUGCCGAUAUGUAAAAACAUGUACUGAAAGUGAAGACACUGAAGGUUCCCUGCACUGCUGUAAGGACCAUGGUAUCAAUGGUAAUGGCCCAAAUGGAAUACAUGAAGAAGGAUCUCCAAGUGAAAUGGAGACAGAUGAGCAAGAUGAUGAAUCCAGCCAGGAUCAGGAGCUUCCCUCAGAGAAUGAAAACAGCCAGUCAGAAGACUCAGUUGGGGGUGACAAUGACUCUGAAAAUGGAUUGUGUACUGAGGAUACUUGCAAAGGUCAACCACUCACGGGACACAAAAAGCGAUUGUUUACAUUCCAGUUCAAUAAUUUAGGCAAUACUGACAUAAACUACAUCAAAGAUGAUACCAGGCAUAUUAGAUUUGAUGACAGACAACCUAGGCUUGAUGAAAGAUCUUUCCUUGCUUUGGAUUGGGAUCCUGAACUGAAGAAGAGAUAUUUUGAUGAUAGUGCAGCAGAGGAUUUUGAAAAACAUGAAAGUGUGGAAUAUAAGCCUCCCAAAAAGCCUUUUGUGAAAUUAAAAGAUUGCAUUGAGCUGUUCACAACAAAGGAGAAAUUAGGUGCUGAAGACCCUUGGUAUUGUCCAAACUGUAAAGAACAUCAGCAAGCUACUAAGAAGUUAGACUUGUGGUCGCUGCCCCCUGUACUGGUAGUUCAUCUGAAGCGCUUUUCCUACAGCAGAUACAUGAGGGACAAGUUGGAUACAUUGGUUGACUUUCCAAUAAAUGACUUGGACAUGUCAGAGUUCCUUAUUAAUCCCAAUGCAGGGCCUUGCCGCUACAACUUGAUUGCUGUCUCCAACCACUAUGGAGGAAUGGGAGGAGGGCAUUAUACUGCCUUUGCGAAAAAUAAGGAUGAUGGAAAAUGGUACUACUUUGAUGACAGCAGUGUGUCCACUGCAAGUGAGGACCAGAUAGUGUCCAAAGCAGCAUAUGUGCUCUUCUACCAGAGACAGGACACAAUCAGUGGAACUGGCUUUUUCCCACUUGACCGGGAGACUAAACAAGGUGCUUCAGCUGCCACAGGCAUCCCACUAGAAAGUGAUGAAGACAGCAAUGAAAAUGAUAAUGAUAUAGAAAAUGAAAAUUGUAUGCACACUAACUAAUGGGAAGAACUAGAAGCCAUAAGAGACUCUCUUACCGGGGAUAUGGAUUGAAAGAGUGAAAAUGCCCACCAAAUUAAGAAUAAAAAUCUGAGAUGGGGAGUUUCAGAUAAUAGAAUGUAAAUCUUUAUUACAUUUUAACAUGUGCAGUACUUGAAGUGAAAAAUAAAAACUUAAACAGAAA